AUGGAACCUAAAAGAAUACAAGGAAAGAGUUUAAGCAGCGCGCUAAACGACCUUGUACAGAGGACCGAGGAGCAUUCAGAAGAUCCUAUGCAAUUAUUUAACUCUAUCGGGGAAAUUGAUUUGGACCUUGAUGAUGUGAUGAAUGUCGAUAGUGUACCAAACACUAACUUUGAAGAUGAUGCUGAUGAUCAUGAGACACAACCCCCGUCUGAGGAGCAAGAUGGAGGAUCUAUUUCGAGGAGGACACGGGGCAAGAACAAAAAUACAGCAGUUGGUAGAUUGCAAGCGGGGAAAAAGAUGACUCUUCAUUUUAACCCGGAUCCUUUCGUGGCUGUGGAGGAUGACAUCAACAACUAUCGCAAACAAGGUUUAUUUCAAGCUAACAAAUUAUGGGAUAGGUGGAGAUGUCAAUGGAACACCUUGUACGUUAAAGCUCGUGAAGGUAACGAGGUUGCGAUUAGGGCAAAUCCCCCUCCCGAGAUUGAACUAAGUGAUUGGCAUUAUCUUCUUGAUCGUCGCUUUCUCACUCUCGAGUUCAAGGGACAUGGGCGAGUCGUGGGUAUGGGCUCAAGUGUCACACCUACAUGUUUUAGAGCAGAUGCUCGUGGGGGUUCUAGCAUACCGCGCAGUGACACGCAACAUUUCCGUGAAGAAAACCGAGUUUUACUUGAGGAGAUGCAGAGGAUGCGAGAGGAGCAUGAAGCGGAGAAGAUUCAGUCACAGAGAGAGCGCGAAGAAGCCUUACUCGAGCGUCAGAUGGAGCGUCAGAUGGAGCGUGAGGAAGCACAAAGGCAGCGUGAAAUGGAGCGCGAAGAAUUACUAAUGCAGCGUGAUAAAUUACUAAAGCAGCGUGAAAUGGAACGUGAAGAAGCUCGAAGGAAUAGACAACAAUCAGUUGUAGAGCGUGAUAGAAUGCAGGAUGAGAUGCUUGAGAUGAGGGAGACGAUGAACUUCUUAUUAUCCAUGGUUCCCGGUGGUCGCCCUCUACGUCCACCUGCCCCCCCCCCCCCACUAGAGAUGAUGCCCCUUCCACUUGAUCGUCGCUUUCCCGUGUAUUCUGGUUAG